AUGGUCUCGACUAACAACACUGCCAACGGCACGAAGCCAAAUUACGCCCCGGGCGCCCACCCCUUCGACCCCCUCACGCAGGACGAGAUCCGCGCGAGUGUCGCGGCGGUCCACGCCUUCAUCAAGAAGGGCGGCUAUGUCGGCGAGCCGGCUGUGCCCCUCUUCAACACCAUCAGCCUCCGCGAGUCGCCCAAGGCCGACGUUCUUCGCUGGAUGGGUCUCUUCUCCGACAAGGAGAUUUCUGCCAUUGCUGUUACCAAGGCCGCGCCCCUCAUGCGCCAGGCUGACCUCCACAUUAUCUGCAACCAGUCCAAGCGCGGCUUUGAGGCAAUUGUCGACCUCCCGUCCAACCUUCCGGCUGGUGACGAUGUCGCCGUUGUCCCUCAGGCGGUUGUGUCCUCGUGGAUCAUGCUCGAUGUCGACAUUCAGCCCUCGCUCCAGACCGAGGAGCUCCUCUGGGCCGAGGAGAUCUGCCGCAAGGACGCAAAGGUCAAGGCGGCCUGCGACGCCGUCGGCAUCAAGCAGGAGGACGUCUACGUCGACGGCUGGUGCAUUGCCUACGACGAGCGUUUCCCCGGCCGCCGCCUCCAGCAGUGCUUCUGCUUCACCCGCCUUCGCCCGGGAGACAACCUCUACGCUCACCCGUGCGACUUUAUCCCUAUCAUCGACAGCAACACUGGCGAGGUCAUUACCAUCGACUACCCCCAUGGCAACCCCGGCCCUGGCGAGCCGCAGCCCCCCUCGUCGGCUGAGGACCACGCCAAGGUUCCUCCCCGUGAGCGCUUCGCUCCCCCUGCCUUGGCCGCCAACUACCUCCCCGAGCAGAUUGUCAUGGACGAGCCCAACUUUACCGUCCGCGACACCCUCAAGCCCCUCCACGUUAUCCAGCCCGAGGGCGUGAGCUACAAGCUCACUGGCCGCAUGAUGGAGUGGCAGAACUUCAAGUUCCACAUCGGCUUCACUUACCGUGAGGGUCUUGUGCUCUCUGGCAUCACCUACAACGACGGUGCCAAGGGUGAGCGCCCGCUCUUCUACCGUAUCUCGGUUGCCGAGAUGGUCGUUCCCUACGCCAAGACCACUUACCCCCACCACCGCAAGCAGGCCUUUGACACUGGAGAGUACGGAAUCGGUGCCCUCUCCAACUCGCUUGCCCUCGGCUGCGACUGCCUCGGCUCGAUCACCUACCUCGACGCCGACUUUAUCACUCGCGCAGGUGGUAUCCAGCACAUUAAGAGCGCCAUCUGCAUCCACGAGGAGGACGCCGGUAUCCUGCACAAGCACACCGACUUUCGUGACAACAAGGCCCACGUCGCUCGCAACCGCAAGCUCGUCGUCUCGUCGAUCUGCACUGUCGCCAACUACGAGUACGGCUUCUACUUCAACUUCUACCUCGAUGGCUCGAUCGAGCUCGAGGUCAAGGCGACUGGUAUUGUCAAUGCCUACCCUCUCCGCGAGGGUGAGCUCCCGGACCCGAACCACGAGGUUGAGGUCGCUCCCCGCAUUGCCGCUCAGCACCACCAGCACCUCUUCUCCAUGCGCGUCGACCCCAUGAUCGACGGUCUCCGCAACCGCCUCGUGACUGUCGACUCGGUGCCUGAUGACGCCGAGGUCGGCUCGGCCCAGAACUAUUACGGCAACGGUUACCACUCGGUCAAGACGCCGUUCACCCGCUCGGACCAGUUCUCGGACUGGGAUGCGAGCAAGGCUCGCGCCUGGGUCAUUGAGAACCCCCACAAGCAGCACUUUGCCACCAAGGGCAACAUUGGCUACAAGAUUAUCUGCAAGGACAUGCCGCCCAUGUUCGCCAAGCCUGGCUCGCUCGCCUGGAACCGUGCCCCUUGGGCUCGCCACCACACCUUUGUGACUCGCUACCAGGAGGAGGAGAUCUUCCCCUCUGAGUUGCACAUCAACCAGCACCCAGGCCACAAGGACUUUGGUCUCCAGACCUGGGUCGACCGCGCCGACGACGUCAGCGACACUGACUGUGUCGUCUGGAACAUGUUUGGCAACUCGCACAUCUGCCGCGCAGAGGACUGGCCCAUCAUGCCCGUUGAGAUUCUCCGCUACCACCUCAAGCCGGCCAACUUCUUUGACCGCAACCCGGGCCUCGACGUGCCUUCUACCGCCGACGCCAAGUCGCGCUACGCCACCGAGGCCUUUACCGAGGGCACUCCCGCCGGUUCAAACGGCACCGCCACAAAUGGCGUCAACGGCAACGGCUCGUGCUGCGCUCGCGCAUAA